AUGAAAUCCCAUGAUGAAAAGUCUAGAGUUCAAGUUCGGUUAAUAAGUGUAGUGAGUCAAAACGAAAAAACUGAAAUUGGAAAUAUUAAGAUUAGUUGGGAACGAGGAGAUAAUAAUGGUACAACUAAAGUUUUUUCUAUAGGAGAAGAAAUUAAUGAAGAGUUUAGUUUCGUUUCAACGUUUCAAUAUUCAAAAGGUCAUUUAAAACCGAAAAUACUUAAACUAAAUAUUAUAUCAAGAAAUAUGACACUUGGAAGUGAAACAAUUAAUCUUUCAGAUUAUUUUAAUGAUAAAGUAUCUAUAGGAGAACAAACAGUAAAUAAAUUAUUAAAUAUUGGAAAAGAGAUUUUAACAGUCAAAUUACUUCUUUUAUUUGGAGAUCGUAUUUUUUCAACUCCUAAAAUUAGUAAGCAAAAAACAAGAAUAAUGGGUAGUCCAAAUACUUCUUCAAGUAAAAUCCCUACAUCUUCAAGUUGUAACACUCCUAAAAGAAAAAUUUGUCAAGGCACAAUUUCUGUUAGUAAAAUUCCUUCUUCUAAAACAUCAUUAGAUCUCACAAAGUCUUUUGAAUUUGAAAAUACUAAACAAACUCAAUCAGUUUCUAAUACUCUUAAUAAGGAAUCAAAUGGAGAUCCUAUUAUAUCUCAUCGAACGAUAAGAUCAAUUGAUAGAAUACAUAGAGCAACAGCAGAUGCUUCACAAAUUCGUUCUGCUUUAGAUCAACCAACAAUAGGAAGUAGUAGCAUUGUAAGACAAAGUAGUUUUAGACAAAUAAAACGAGAUAUUCCAUUAAGAGAAAGUUCAACAAGAGAGUUAAAAGUUAAUACGUCAAGAAGAAAUACUGUUGAGGUAUUAAGUGGAGAAGAAGAGUUAUUAAUUAAAGAUAUUGGAAGACAUUCUUCUUUUAUGGAAUUAGAAGAACAAUGCAAAAGUACAGAUAAUACAUUGUUAACACAAAUAAUUUAUUCUUCUAUGCCAAUAGAAAAAUUUAUUUCAAAUUCUGGAUUACCUGAAAUUAUUUGUACACAGUUACAGUCAUUUGUUAUUGCUGAUAUUCUACCUUUAAAAUUAUGUGUUUAUCUAUUUUCUUCUAUUAGUAGAUUAAUCGCAUUAUAUGAAACAUUAGGAAAAAAACAAAGGAUCGAAUCAUUAGUUCAAUUUAAUGAAGAUAUACAAAAGAUUGGGUCUAAAUGUUAUACUCGAUUAUUUGAAAUAAUAAACUUAAAAUUUCAUAAAGCCUGGGAAACGUCAUUAAAUCAAAAUUGUUCAGAUAAACCAAUAAUACAAGAGCUUAAUAGUAUUGUUAAUUUAGUUUGUGAAUUUAGAAUUAGUGGUCCUUUCAAGGCACUUAUUCUUAAUGAUAUGUUUAAAGUAUUAAAUAUAUCUUUUUAUGAAGAGAUUAUAAAAGAUCAUUGUACAUUAAUGAUGGGAAUUCAAAUACAAAUGCUUCUUGGAAUAGUAUCUGAUUUUGAAUAUAAAUUAAAGAAUUUAUUAGUAUUGAAAGAUAAUUUAAUUAUUAUAAAAGAAAUUGGGAGAGUACUUGUUUUAAAUCAAAAAAAUUUAUUAGUUGAUGAUGCUAGAAGUGAAAUUUGUCCACAUUUAACUGAUGAAAAAUUAGUUAAUUUAUUAACAAAUUAUGACAAACUUAAUCCAAAAGAAAUUCCUUCUGGUACUAUUUCAUUGUUAAGUAGAAAUGUUAAUCAACAACGUGUAGAAUUUUAUGAUUUUUCACUUCCUGAAUUAAAAGAACAAAGAUUGAAAGAUGUUAUUAGAGAUGCUGUUGGAUGUCCAUGGACACCAUUUGAUUUAUCAACCACACCUCUUGCCUCUCGUUCUUAUUUACAAAAAACAACAAUCAACUAA